AUGAAGCUGACACCAGAGCUUCUGUCACGGAGCAGCUCAUCCAUCAACACACUCGGAGACCGCGAGCUGGAUCUGCGCGGCCUCAAGAUCCCAGCGAUCGAGAAUCUUGGUGUGACGCGCGAUCAGAACGAUGCGAUCGAUUUCACGGACAACGAUAUCCGCUACCUAGGCAACUUCCCGCUGCUACGACAACUCAAAUCACUACAACUGGCCAACAAUUUGAUAGCGCGCAUCGACCCACGCAUCGCCUUUUCGCUACCUGCACUCCACUCGUUGAACUUAACCAACAACUCGAUAUCGGACCUAGCUGAGCUGGCGCAUCUCACCAAAUGCAGUCGCUUAGAGUAUCUGUGUCUGAUGGGCACACCGGCGAGUCGAGACAAGCAUUAUCGCGACUUUGUGAUCUGGAAGUUGCCCCAGGUGCGCGUAUUGGAUUACCAGAGAAUACGAGACAAGGAGAGGGCAAUGGCAAAGGAGCUCAUGGAAAGUGAGGAUGGGAGAGCGUCAGCGUUGGCAGCGAGCAUCUUGCGAAAGUCGCAGGGUGGUGCGAUGGACGUGGAUGCGGAUGCGGUGGUGGUGGGCAAGCUGAAGACGUUUGAACCAGGCAGACUCAACGGCUCGUCGAGACGCUUGUUGACAGCAGAGGAGCGCAAAGCCAUCGAAGACGCGAUCGAGAAGAGCGAGAGUCUAGAGGAGAUUCGCAAGCUCGAGGAGCAGCUCAAGAUGGGGCACGCCUUUGUCGCCUCGUCAUAG